CUCCCUCGCCAUGGCCGGCGCGUUGCUGUGGCGUCGCCUCAGAGAGGCGACCGUGGUCCUGGGCAGCGGCAGCCUGAUCUUCGCCUCAUGCCUGGUGGCCAAGGGAGACGAGAGCUUCUAUGCUAAGUGCCUGAUGCCUGUCCUGCAACGUCUGGUGGGCCCAGAGACUGCCCACACGCUGGCGGUGCGUUUUGUCGCACUGGGGCUCCUGCCACGUUGCAGCCAGGCUGACUCCGAGGCCUUGGAAGUGGAAGUCUUUGGGCGCCGAUUCCAGAACCCGCUGGGCUUGGCUGCUGGCUUUGACAAACAUGGAGAGGCUGUGGAUGGUCUCUUCAAGAUGGGCUUUGGCUUUGUGGAGGUGGGGAGUGUCACCCCUGAGCCCCAGGAGGGGAAUCCCAGACCCCGGGUCUUCCGACUGCCAGAGGACCAGGCUAUCAUUAACAGGUAUGGCUUCAACAGUCAUGGACAUAUGGCAGUGGAACAGAGGCUUCGGGCCCGAAAAGAAGCUCAACGCCUGCUAAGUGAAGCGGGCAGGCCUCUUGGAAUCAACUUGGGCAAGAACAAAGCCUCUGGGGAUGCCACAGCCGACUAUGUGGCUGGAGUGCGGGUGCUGGGCCCCCUGGCCGAUUACGUGGUGGUGAACGUGUCCAGUCCCAACACGCUGGGGCUGCGGACCUUGCAAGGCAAAGCGGAGCUGCGACUCCUGCUGGCCAAGGUGCUCGCUGAGAGGGACGCCCUGGCGGUUGAGCGCAAGCCAGCUGUGCUGGUGAAGAUUGCGCCAGACCUUACGGCCCAAGACAAGCGGGACAUUGCCAGUGUCGUGUGCGAGCUAGGCGUGGAUGGGCUGGUCAUUGCCAACACAACUGUGAGCCGCCCCAGCACCCUCCGGGGGGCAUUCCGGGGGGAAGUAGGGGGACUGAGUGGUGCUCCCCUUCGCCAGCUCUCUACGCAGACCGUCAGUGAGAUGUACUCUCUUACCCAAGGACGGAUACCCAUCAUUGGCGUGGGUGGGGUCUGCAGCGGGAGAGAUGCCUUGGAGAAGAUCCGUGCGGGCGCCUCCUUGGUGCAGGUGUACACAGCCCUCACCUACGGUGGACCGCCCGUGGUGGGCGCGGUGAAGCGGGAGCUUGAACUGCUCUUGAGGGAGCAGGGUUUUCGAAAUAUUCGAGAUGCCAUAGGGGCGGACCACUGCUUCUGAGGACUCCUGGUGUGCACAUGUUGUGAUAGUGGAGACUCACAGGCGGAGAUGUCGGCUCCCUGGACAGUCCGAGGGGCUCGGCAGCAUCUGGUGUGUGCGUUGCUUGCAGUCCGGUGGGACGUUGCCCCCUCCUUUCACUUUGCCAUCAAGCACGGGAGCAUCUGCUCUGUCACCUGAGACCACUGCCCUGCUGGCUAGGCGGUGGGGAGGGAGGGCUUUGUCUUUCCCUUUGUCUUCCGGGAACUUUGUUGCCAAGGUCUCUGUGUUCCUGGCAGAGAAUGAGCAAAUAUUGACAGCAGGUGUUGACAUUAUGCCACGUGGAGGUGGGUGUGGGAAAUCCCAUUCAGUGCUGUAUAUUGCUGGGCCAGGAGAAAAAAAUCUGGCUUGCUGAGGACGAAGCCAAUGUGUGAGCAAAGGGAAGCAUUUGAGGAAAGGGUCACCCCGUCUGAGGCAGUGCCCGGACCCCACCUCAUCCUUUGCUGGCUGCUCAUCGCAAUCAUGGCAGGGGGUUCGUGGCACACAUGCUAGCGAAGAACGGAGGGUGGGGUACGAGUUUUCAACCUGGCCUGGCACUGUGUGAGGAUGCAGGGUGCUGACAGACCUGGCCAAAGCCACAAUCACACCCACAUUGCACAUUAAUCUAAAGAAUAAUGUGUUAAGAAUGGCAUGGAGGGAAAGGAUGCUGUUCUGGCCAAGCCUUUCCUCUCAUCCUGCUCUGUUGUUACUGCAGUCUAAUGGGGGAACAAGCUCUGGGAGCAGGGUGGGUCAGAGGGCAGCCGCCGCCUCCCCAAAGGGACAGGCUCCCAUUCGUGACUGUGGCACUGCCCCUCUGCCCCACCCACCACAGCAUGCGGAAGACCGAAAUCACCAGCCAGGUCCUUGCAGCGGAUCAUCGGAGGAUUCAUGGAUGCCAAGAAUAGCUUUCCAUGGCAAGGCAAGCUACAGCUCCAGCACAAUUGCAUUGUCGGUGCCACGCUGAUCAGUGACCAGUGGCUCUUGCCCACGGACAUUACACCCACCCUGCGGCUUUUCUUGGGUGAUGGACAGGCCACUGGUCCCGUGGAGCGCAUCAUCCUGCACCCUGGCUUCCCAGAGGAGGAGGACCUGGUGCUCUUGCGUCUUCAGCACAAGGUUUCCCAUGGGGCGCUGUGAUGCCUAUCUGCCUCUCCCAGAGGAACUAUGUCCACCCAGGACGUGUGGGCUUUAUAUCUGACCCUAAUGUCUUAUAUACCCAUCCAGAGCACCUGCGGUUCAUGCAACUGCCAGUGGCGGACACAGGCAACUGCAGUGUAUGCUGUGCUCCCUGCAGCACUCAUUAUGUUAAGCCACUGCUCAGCAACUGCCGCGUGGGCAUGAGCGAGCUGCGGGAAGAUACUUGCUAUGGUGAUGUAGGUGGGGCUUUUGUGGUGCAGGAUCCCAGUGAGGACAUCUGGUAUGCUGCUGGCAUUCUCAGUCACGACAAGACCUGUACUACUUCCCUGUAGGGAGUCCAUGUGGAUUUGGUAAAAUUAGUGCAAUGUAUCAGAGGGAUCAUAAAUUGGUACUGAGCCAACCCAGUUCAUUUCCCUUUAUUGGCUCUUCUGUCUCAGGUCUGCACUCUGGGCUAAAUGACCAAGGCAAUUGCAGUGAACUACCUACCGUGUCUGUCAAGCCAAAAUCAUGCUCUCUUUUUGUCAUCUGGUCUUAACAUGCAUUGUCAACCCAUUAAAAGUCUGUUCUCCUAGUGA